AUGGCCUCCUUCACCGUGCCCCUCUUCAUCAACGGCCAAGAACACCACCCGCCCAAGACAUUCGACGUCGUCAGCCCCGCCACCGGAAAGACGGCCCAUCGGUGCAGCGCCGCCUCCGUCGACGAUGCCGCCGCCGCCGUCGACGCUGCCGCAGGCGCCUUCACGUCGUGGAAGCGGACCACGCCCUCGCGGCGGCGGGACAUCUUGCUGGGAGCGGCCGACAUCAUCAACAGUCGGCGCGAGGAGCUCACCCGCUGUCUAAUGGAAGAAACCGGCGCCGCGAGGUCGUGGGCAGACUUCAACAUCGACCAUGCGACGGAAAUGCUCAAGGAUACCGCCGGCCGUAUCGCGACUUUGGAGGGAUCUUUCCCGGCCAUGAUGGAUCCCGACUCCAGCGGCAUCGUCAUGCGGGAGCCGUACGGCGUCGUUCUGGCCAUUGCGCCGUGGAACGCCCCCUUCAUCCUCGGCGUCCGGGCCUUUGCGCUCCCCAUUGCCGCCGGCAACACCGUCGUUCUCAAGGCUUCCGAGACGGCGCCCCGAUGCAUAUGGGCCAUGGUCUCUGCCCUGCACGAAGCCGGACUGCCCGGCGGUGUAUUGAACAUGAUUGUCCAUGAGCGCUCUGCGGCUGCCUCGGCCACGGCGGCUCUCAUUGCGAAUCCGCACGUAAAGAAGAUCAACUUUACGGGCAGCACGCCCGUGGGCCGCGUCAUUGCAAAGCUCGCUGGAGAGCAUCUCAAGCCCGUAGUCUUGGAACUUGGCGGCAAGGCGCCCGCCAUCGUGUGGGAAGACGCAGACCUGCAGCUCGCCGCCGAGCAGUGUGCCUUGGGGGCUUUCGCCCAUUCGGGCCAGAUUUGCAUGUCGACGGAAAAGAUUCUCGUCCACAAGGCCGUCAAGCAGCAGUUUGUGGACAGAUUCAAGGCCGCAGUCGAAAAGGAAUUCCCGUCGAGCGCCGAAGCGUUGACGCUCAUCAGCAGCGCCGCAGUCCAGAGGAACAAGCAGCUCAUCACCAACGCCGCAGACAGAGGCGCAUCUAUCAUCUACGGGGACAUCAACGCACCGCAAGUAAGUGAGACGAGGCUGCGGCCCAUCAUCGUGGACAGGGUGACGGCGGACAUGGACAUUUACACGACGGAAUCCUUCGGUCCCACGGUGUCGCUCGUCGAGAUCGACUCGGAGGAGCAGGCCAUCCGCCUCGCAAACGACACCGACUUUGGCCUGUCGUCUGCCGUCUUCACCCAGGACCUUGGGCGGGGACUGCGGCUUGCGCGCGAGCUGGAGACAGGGGCCGUCCACAUCAACAGCAAGACGGUUCACGACGAGGCCGUCCUGCCGCACGGCGGAGCAAAGGCUAGCGGCUACGGGCGGUUCAACGCAGCCCGAGGCUUGGACGAGUGGGUGAGAACCAAGAAUGUCACCUUUAAACAUUAG